CCCUGACGAACAAUACGUUGUGCAGCAUCCUCAUCUCCUCACUCCUAUCUCCAGCCUCUGACCAGACGGACAGAACCAACAGCAGGCAGCCUCCUUUGUCUGACUCGAAAAGCCAUUGCACCCAGCUCGUCCACCAUGUCGUUUGCGUUCACCGUCUCGGUAAUGCUUCUGGGCUCUUCGGUCGUGAUUGCAUUUGUCUUGCAGCCAUCCAAUGAAGAACCUGCAACCUCUGCCAUCUCUGCAAUCAGGUGCCAUGGUGAGUCAUUGCAGUCCAUCAGGAAGAGUCUCCUAAGAGCUCUCAACCUCGAGGCCGAGCCUCGGCUUCCUGCUGGUGGGCUGCAUGCUGUCAGAGAGCAAUGGAAGAGCACCAUUUCUCACAGAGCCAAUGUUGCUGCAGCUGCAGCAGCCCCUUACUCACCAGUUGGAGAAAACAGUCUGAGGUGCUGCUCCGUGGCCUCUGAGAUCUCCAUGAAAGAUCUGGGCUGGGACAACUGGGUGAUCCAUCCCUCCAGCCUCACCAUCGUUCAGUGUGCACUCUGCAACCCUGAGAUGAACACUGUGCAAUGUCCAUCAUCCCAAACCAAUGUCCAGGAGGCCUCAGAGGUCCAGACGCCAUGUUGUCAGCCCAGCUCCCAGGAAAUGGUGCCCGUCGUCUACGUGGAUGAGUCCAGCACAGUCAUCAUUUCCUCCGUGCAGCUGACCCGCAGCUGCGGCUGUGGACCCGGAGAUGUCAAGCAGGCCAACAGAGAGUAAAAUUGGUUUCCUGUAUCAUCUGUGAGCCACUUGGCACGUAAACAAAAUAUGCAGAGAUUUAGAAGUAGAUAAUACCUCUACGUGCAGGCCUGUCUUCUCUAACAAACACUUAUGUUGCUCUUUCAACAAUGAGCGUGGGAACCUAGGUUUUGCAUUCCUGUUUCUCUGCUGUUGCCAGAAAAGAAGGAUACAAGGGGUAGCACAGAUUUGUUGAGUCAUUUGACCACAAUAUGUAUCACAAUUAUAUGCUCUUUUAAUGGCAGUGGUGAGAGAAUGGAACUAUUGAGCUUGAUCACUGUUUUCAAAUUACAAUCUAUGUUUAUGUGAUACUGUUUUUAAACUAGUUACCAGUUAGACUUUGCAUGUCAAUAAAAAAGAGCAUUUCUGUCGAUGAAUCCAAGUAUUUCUCUUGCAACAAGUUAGAAACAGUGGUGUGAAAUGCAGCUGACACCAGUUUAUCUUUUUAUACAGGUCAUGAGUCCACAGAGCUAUUUAUAGUUGCUAACUGUCACCAAGUGUUCCCUUCAAAAAUCUGAGAUGGUCCGGAGCCAAAUCCUCUCUCUGAUCUGUUUUCCUCUCAUGGAAAACAAUUCCAUUUAAUCCUGACAGGCCGAAAAGAGUUAAAAGUGCUAAAUAAAAUACAGGCUCGUAAUUUUGAGGCUUAGUCAUUUUGCAAAGAGAUUAACAAGAGAAGAUUGUCUCCUAAAAGUCUGGGUGAAUGAUUUACAGCUGUUUUGUACUUUUCCACAAACUUCCAUUUGCCUUGUUCUAUCUUCCUGUUUCUGCAGAAAAGAUAAAGAGGACAAUGCUGCCCCCUCCAAGAAAUACUGUGACAAUUAACACAUUAUUAUCGUACUUUUUUUUUUUACAACAAAACAAAGUUGUUUUGUAUCAUGUUGUGAGCAAAGAAAAAUCUGAAUUUAAUAAUGAUAAUUACAACAAAGUGUAAAAAAUGCAUUUCAAUUUUUCACAUUGUAUUGCUUUACUAUGAUCUGUAAUUUG